CGCCCCCGUGCGCGGCCCAGCGAUUGGGGCCCGUCAGCCGCCAGCGCUCCGCCCGCCGCCGGAAGCGGAAGUUGGGAAAGGUGGUGGAUGUGGCUGCCGUGGGGUCCGCAGCAAGCAGCGCUGCUGAGCGCUCCGACUUACAUAGUUAGGAAGAGCUGACUGCUAAAGAAAAAAUGACAUCUCUAGAAAAAGUUGAUGAUGCCUCAUCACCCAUCCGAGGACCUGGAGAUGGCAUGGAAACAGAACAGACAACUGAAUCGGUGGAAGUAAUGACUGGAGCCAACACUGCGAACCAUCGCAUCCACCACAGCCCACAUAAAAAGACGGUUUCUUCCUUGAGCCCUGGAGUUCUGCAGCUAGGAAAAAUACAUGCCGAUAAAUCAGUGGAGAUUGAAGCUAUUCGUAUAUUAGUCCCCAAAGCAGCUAUCACCCAUGUAGUUCCAGCGAAAAAUGCUAAGGUAGCCAAAUCAGUGGGACAUAAGGGAGACACGUUACAUCAGUCAGAUGGACCCUCAGAUCCCAAGAAAGAACAGAUAGAGCUGAAAAAUGCAAUUGAAAAGCUAAAGAAUUCAGAAAAGCGGUUGUUACAGGAUAAAGAAGGUCUCUCCAAUCAGCUACGUGUACAGACAGAGGUGAAUCGGGAGCUGAAGAAAUUACUUGUUGCUUCUGUCGGGGAUGAUCUACAGUAUCACUUUGAACGGAUGGCUCGUGAAAAAAAUCAGCUAAUCCUAGAAAAUGAAGUCCUGGGACGGAAUAUGUCUCAGUUGUCUGAACAGCUAGAGCGCAUGUCUAUACAGUGUGAUGUGUGGCGAAGCAAAUUCCUAGCAAGCAGGGUUAUGGCUGAUGAGCUAACCAAUACCAGAGCAAUUCUUCAGCGUCAAACCAGGGAUGCACAAAGUGCAAUCCAGGACUUGCUGAAUGAACGUGAUCAGUUCCGUCAGGAGAUGAUUGAUACACAGAAGCUGCUGGAGGAGCUGAUGGUUUCUCUUCAGUGGGGGAGACAACAGACAUACUAUCCUAAUGCCCAGCCUUACACUACAACAGAGCUAGCAGCUGUGAAUUGUAAGCUAGCCAAAGCUGUAAGCUCACAUCUUCUUGGAAAUGUUGGCACUAACAGCCCAAAAAAGACUUCAGCAGCUGUGGAAUUUUGCAAUACCCCUGCUGAGAAAAUGGCUGAAAUGGUGCUAUGUGCACUGGAUCCAGCUGCAUCAACAGAAGUUUCUUUUUCUGAGACUUCUCCAUCCUCCUUCCUUUCCACAAAGAAGAAUAUUGGAAGGUUUCACCCAUAUACAAGAUAUGAAGAUAUAACUUUCAAUUGUUGCAAUCAUUGUCAGGGAGAGCUGGUAGCCCUUUAAAAGCACUGCCCAUGCAAUUGCACAUGCAUUCUUUCUGAAGAAUUACACUAGUUGAUGUUCAGCGGGCUCCCCUUUUUCCUAUUUCUUUCCAUAAUGGGUGGGUUUAACGUUAGAAAUUAUGGUGUUUCUGCCUCUCUACCUCUUGAAGUUAGGGACUGACAGCAUUUCCUUAGUCUCUGGGAUACUUCUACUACUUCUUAGUCUGGAAAACAGCUUAUUUUCUUCUAUGAAGGCAAGACCAAACGUUAUGCUGGUCCAGUUUGUAGAGUGUGGAAAUGACCUUGACUACUUAUGGUUUACAGUCUUAUUAGCAAAUCUUGAUGAAUUUCUUUUUAGAGGGAGACAAAAGCAUAAUUAUACCAAAGUGAAUGAAGUGCUAAGAGGUUAUGAGUUAAAAAAAAAAUGGAAAAUGGUAAGCUCCAUGCUUUUUUAAUCUUAGCCAAGGUGGUGAACUGUCCCCAAGUCUAUGUUCAGCCUUUUAAAUUUAGUAAUAAAAAGGAAUAUGUGCAAUGAUUCUUCAUAGAUGUAAGUUUGGAAAGUAAGAGCAGAGGCAGUGUUGCAGCCCUGCUGGCAAGAAGGGGAAAGAGCUUGAAUGAACAAUAGCUAUAAUAUAUAAAUAGUGACCGGUUUUAAAUAUAUUCUGGAAAACUCUGCAGGGUGAGAUUAUUCUUAUGUUUCCAUAAAGCUAAAAUAAUAAUGGCUUUUCCAACUAUUUAUAUUUCUGGAGUGAAGCUGUUGCAUAGCUGAUCCUCAGCAAAGACAGACUGAUAUACCUCCUUUAGUACACAGUGUUGAAACCUGAUCUAGUAUUGGAACAUGGUUCUUGCCCAAGGUCUUCCUGGGUGUUAGGGAAAGCUGAAGCUAAGCACUAAGUUUGCACAGGUAUUGGUAAAUUAUUAUUUUUUUUUUUUUACUUGUAUGGUUUUAUAACUUGAUACAGGUUCUAAGAGAAAUUUUAGCAGAUAAUCUGCUGAAUCCAAAGAAGCCUAUUUAAGUUUCAAAUGUAAAGAGGAAAGGUAGGAGGAUGACAAUACACACUUUAAUUUCUUAGUUUCACUCCCAAAUGUUGUCUGGUUUGGGAAAGGGUUUUUGAAAUGGUUGCUUUUACCCAGUUUUCCUUUGAAUCUCAUACCAUGCUCAGAAUAUGUAAGUUAUAAGUUCUUGCUGUUCCUGGCCAUGCUUUGGUUUGUAUGAAGAAAACCACAAUAAACUUUCUUUGCUUGCUUUCAAGUUAAAA